AUGUUGAAAGUAUGAAACUUUUGAAUUCAUUUUGUAGAGUUUUAUUUCACAAACCAAGUGUAUCAAAACAUAACGUUUUCAGUGUGAACUUCACAAUUGUAGACAAUAUUACAGAAAAUUGAGCCUGACCAUCGGUCAGUGACCAAUUUAUCUCAAGAUAGAUGUCGCUGAGUUGAUUGUGGAUUGGUUUUACUUGAUCCGAAACGAUAGUGGCUGUAUCAGAUAUGGUAUCUCCUUCACUGUUUUGCUUUGUUUCGAACGAGCAACAUCAAAAAAAGUUAUCUCCGUACCUUAUACUGUGCCUUCUAUUGAAAACUCAACCAAACCACCCAACCUAACAAAAGUCUCCAUCUUUAAAACUAAGUGAUCAUCAGACCAACAUCAAGAUCAAUACCUAGGAAAAGAAACGAAGAAAUCUUGUCCAAUCAAGCAAAAAUAACAAAACACCUGUACGAAGUGAGUAGAAUAUGGACUCAGAAGGAAAAACGACAAUAACCACAAUCUUGGGAAAGAAAACAACCUUGCAACACAAUGACUUUAAAAACAUUCUGGAAAUUAUAACUAAACAUGGAGAAGCCAAUGAAUCAAACUCAAACAACAUAGCUGACAUUCUACAAGAUCCCAGAUUUCUAAAUGUUACCACACAAAUGAUCAAUGAUCAAAACUGGAUAAGUGAACUUAACCCUGAUAAUGUAAGAGUGCUAACUUCGUUUAACAAAAUGAGUAAGCUGAUGGUCACCACAAAUACAGUACCCAUCUCUGAACCAUCACAAAUGAACACAAGUUCAUUUGGUAACAACAAAAUGAGGAAAAGUAUUACUCAAUUUAUGACUAUGGACGAGACUGAACCAAAAACAUGGUUCAAAAUUGAACCGGUCAUAACUUGCUUCACGAUAAUAGUAAAAAUAAAAGAAAUAAAAAACAAAAGAGGCCUAACAUCAGCAGCUCAAAUACAGACAGAAAUAGAAAAGCUACUAAUAGAGAAUGAUAACCCACAAAUCAAAGUCAGAAAAGUAAUACCUAGCUAUGAAUGCUGCAAAAUUAAGUGCGAGACAGCCAAUCACAGAAAAAAUCUCCUAGAGCUAAUCAAAAAAGAAAGACCAACGUGGCAAUGUGAGACUCAGUUAAUAAGGCCACCUCAAAUCAAACUCAUAGGAGUCAAAUACUUUAACCCAGAGAAAAAUCUUGAACAACAAUUCAUUAGAUAUCUAGAAAAGAAAAAUCAAUGGCCCCUCGAUAAAGAAAACAAUAAAAUCAUUGCCUACAACCAGACUAAUCAAGCUCAUGACCUAAUAAUUCAGAUUCUACCCUCAAUUAGAGAAAGAAUAGAGAAAAAUAAAGGAUGGGUAAAUGUAGGACAUGGUGAUGUUAGAGCAAUAGACUACUUUAACAUAAAAUUGUGUAGGAAAUGCGCUAAUUUUGGACAUGCAAUUAGAGAUUGCAAGAACAUGACUAGGUGCGGCUACUGCACAAAACGCCAUAAUGAAACUUGCAGAAAUCAGCAAAACUCAAAUGAAUGGGUCUGUCCAAACUGCAGAAGAAAAGGACAUAAUGCCUUCCAGGUAAUCUGCCCAGUCUUCAUUGAAAGACUAAAAGUAGAAAUAGAAAAGAUUAACUUUCCAUAUGAAUCCAUAAUGCACUAAAAUGACCCGAACACUCUAAAUGUUAAACGAAUUUGCACUCAGAAGGGUAGAGAACAAAGAAGAAAAUAACUCUGAACCUACAAACGAAACUGAAAAGACUUAAAAACUCAAUUACUCUGUAAACCCUUUCAUGACAAAGAAAUGUAAACCGCUUUACUAAGAAACAGACAAUAAAAAGAUUAACAAAAACUCAAACCAGUUGAAAAGUAAAUCCAAGAAAGCCAACUGAAAAGUUGAAACACCUGCAGGCUAUAAACUAAUCCUCUCAAAGUCAUAAAAUGAAACACAAAAAGAAAAACAACUCCACUCAAAACAAUCAACCCAAUCCAUCACAAUAAAACUAACCAAACAGAAUACCUCAUUAACUCACCCCAAACUACAAAAAUGUCAAUCAACAAAUCAAUCCUACGUGAAUUUCAAGCAACAAGAAACAACUGGGUCUGCACUAAAGGCCUACCCAGAAAAGUUGAACUCACAGUAACCCCAUCAAACUCCCCCGACUUUAAAGACCCAAUAAAUGUACGAAACACUCUUAACACAGUCCUGGAAGAACUAGCGAAUGUAGAAGAUAAGAUCUCUUAUGUGGUCUACCGUGACAACAUCUCAAUAAUUGGUCUUUU